AUGAAAAAGAAACCCCGCGGCAGUUAUGCUCAAGUGGUCUGCGAUAAAAACCGAUUAGCAAUAGUACGGUGGAACGACAACAAAGCCGUAACAUUGAUAAGUUCUUACGUAGGUGCAGAGCCAGUAGAAAAAAUUAAAAGAUACUGCAAGGACUCUAAAAACAAAGUGGAUGUAGAUUGCCCUCAAAUUGUCAAAGACUAUAAUAAACAUAUGGGGGGAGUCGAUUUAGCCGAUAUGCUCAUUUCUCUUUACAAAACCCCAUUCAAGACCCGGCGUUGGUACAUCGGCAUAUUUGCGCAAAUUCUCGACAUAUGUAUCAAUAAUGCGUAA